CACGGCGCCGCUGAUUGGUCAAAUUUCAAUCCAAUCCGUGGUUUGAUAAAGUUCUGUAAUUCACGAUCGCUCCGAGAGAGGUCUUCACCGUCUUUCCUGCGCUCUGCCCGUUGAAUGUUUGGAAUAGUUUGAAUGUGUUGUUGUUCGAGUUACAAUCGGGCUUGAAUGUUUUUUUUGACAGCUUUUAUUUCGCGUCUUUCUCAAGUUUCCGCGCCGAUCGAGAGAACGUGUCGCGAAUGAGCGACUGGCGCGUCGCGUACCGCAUGAUCAAUAUUAAUGGACGCAACUUUAUCGUCGCUCGCGCUGCGGGAAAGUGUCUCUGUUGGCCAAAGAAUGGCUGUCAGCGCGUCCUUCCAUCGAAACGUUUUUUUAUUGAAUCAGUUGGUCCCGCCGGAUCAUGACUUCCAAAAAGUCUUCCGCGAGGGAAUGUUCGACAGGCCGAAUACCGCGGGAUUUAUAUAUGUCUCGCAUUAUCUGCUGACGAUAUACGACUCGGAACGUUUUAAAAAGUUAGUCGAAUGGCCGGUAAUUUGCAAGAAGACCGAGAACCAGUAUCGCAAUAAUGUCAAAGACUAUUUGAACGUCAUUGCGUUGAACAAUCCCGACAUAGGACUCCCACGCGUGGUCACUACGAAUUUGUUUCACGCAAGUGGUACCAAGUUUAUGUCUAUAAUGUGGAAACUGUCGCAGCUUGUGCUGAGGACGUAUAUUAAGCGAGACGGUGCAUACGACGUUAUAUUUACACCAAAGCCAGGUCUUGCAAGUGACUUAGUUAAAACGUACCUACAGCAGUCCAAGGCAAAUGUCACUUGCGACACAUUGAGUCGUCUUCGGAAUUGCGUACAAAUGGAAAAAGCUGCAAAUUUCACAUUGGCAGAGGAGAGAGAACAUCUGGCUAAAAUUAAAGAAGAAUUGUUCAACAAAAAACAAUCUGUGGCAAAACAUGUGUCUGCAGCACCUGUUGGCGAAUCUAUAAAGCAAUGUUUGACGAAUGUCGAAGCUACAGAGAUCCUAUCAAUGUGGAAAAAUAGUUUAAACGAAAAUAUACAAUACAUACGAAAAUGGAACGCGUCAUUGAAGGAUCUAGAAAGAGUGUGCGAGAACAUAAGUGGCAUAAUAUCGAACCUAUUGAACGAUGCAAAAGCACUGGAUGGCAUGCAGCUGGAAAAAGUCGAUUAUUCACUGAUAUCGGAAUCGUUUCCACCUGACAUUCGGCAUUAUCUUUAUCUUUAUCUAAACUUGUAUAAUGAUGACAAAUUGGUAUAUCACAAUUUCAUUGGUCUGCUCACUUUGGUACUAAAUAAAAUAUAUCAAUGGUUAACGAGAGGAGCCUUAGUAGACCUAUCGCAGUGCCUCUUGCAAGUGAAGGCGAGUGCAGAAGACAUGAAAUCCAUGUGCGAUGUAUUCAAAAUUUUCUUGGCAAGCAUGAUAAGUUCCACGGAGGAGACGCAAAGUGUUUUAUGCGCGAAAAGUAUAGAGCGCAUACCCGAAGAAAAUAUGUUACCCUUCGUAAAAAGCGUACUCCUUAUGCCCUCGCCUAUUAUCAAAAUUAAUACUAAUUGCGCGAACGAAAGAAAUGAUACACAAUUAUUGCAGUUUACUCCGGGUGAAAUUACACAUAAAUCAUUAUUUUCGAGAUACAUACGGCACAAUCAGAAUCACACGCCAGAUUUAAAAACGAAAUUCGUAUCGCGCAUCAACAUCGACACCAUAUCAACGGCCAAUAAUGAAAAACAAGGAUUGAAUCCUCGUUUUAUGACACCUAAAGUGAAACAGUUCUGUAAGAGAAGAACAGGAAAAUACUCCCGAUUAUUCACAUGCGCGAAUAAAAAUAUAAAAGCCAAUUCUAGCAUGAUGUCUCUGCCAUCUACCGCGCUAGCCAAUUCUACCAUUGCAAAUACAAUAGAAGAAGCGUCCAGUUCAUCGGAUCUUAAUUUAGGCACCAUAGCAGAGGGUUUUUUCAAUUGGAGCGGAGAGCCUCUCAAAGCUUCUUCCUCAUCUGUACAAUUUACUCCGAUAAAACGAAACGUCUCACAAGUUAUGCCUCGACGACGAGUGAAAGAUAAACUCGAUCGCGAAAUCAAAGUAAACAAACCAGAGUUUGACGAAUUUACAGAGAUACAGUUUAUAAAUGAUGGGAGCAAGGGCAUAGUUGAAAAACAUGAAAACGGUUCGAAAAGGCGGUCCAUUAGUGACUUGGUGGAACGUUACAAAAACUUAGUGGAAGCUGUCAAUUCUGUAAAGUUAGAAAAUGAAUGCGCAGAAGAUGAAGUUAAAUAACGAAAAAGAAAAGGAAACGAAAAUCUUUUUCAUCUGUAAAUUUUUCGAAGCGCAAGAUUUAUCAAUAAUUUCCAUCAUUAAUAAAUAAUAGAAAAUACUAGUUGAGAGUUCACUUAGUUUAUUAGUUAUUCAUUAAAAUCCUAUGAAUAACAAAUGUAAAAUUUGACAUCUAACGUACAAUAUUUCAUACGAAUAAUUCUGUAUAUUUAUGUGAAAAUGCGUGAUAUGUUUUGUUUCUUUAAAAAAUAGCUCGUUCUCUAGAAUAAGAUGUCAAUAAGAGACAAUACAAAAGUAAUAACAAGUUCGUUUUCUUAAAGAUCUGUAACAG